UUUGCUCAAAUUUUUGGUUCGGUCUCAGGUGCGCUUGCAGGAACACUAUUAAGUGUAAGAAACAACUGCACGUACAUAGUCUGGCCCGCGGUCUUGACGAAUCCAGACACACCCAGCCCGCCGGCAGAGUACUCGGGCUUUGAGCUCCCGGUCCAAGGGACUGCCUUCCUUCACAUGCCGGCGGGCUGGUCAGGCCUUUUGUGGGCCCGAACUCUCUGCGCCGUCAACAGCUCUGGCUCCUUCCUCUGCGCCACCGCCGACUGCCGCACGGGGCGGCUCGACUGCCGCGCUGUGCCGUCAGCCCCUGUCACGCUCAUCGAAUUCAGCCUCGGUGCGGCCGGCGGGAAAAAUGACGCAUACGACGUGUCCAUCGCCGCUGGUUUCAACGUGCCGGUCUCCGUGGAUCCACCGCCCAGGUCGCCGUCGUGCACCCCCGCGGCGUGUCCGAUGGACGUGAACGCAGUGUGCCCGCCGGAGCUGCAAAAGGUCAGCGGCGACGGGCACGUGAUCGCAUGCAUGAGCGCAUGCCAGGCCUUCAGCGACCCGGCGGACUGUUGUUUGGGCCAGUACAAGGACCCAUCCAAGUGCAAGCCCACCAAAUAUGGCCAGAUGUUUAAGCAUGCAUGUCCUAUGGCCGUGGGGUAUAUUUAUGACAAUGCUACUCGUUAUUGCCAAGGGGGUUCUGAUUAUUUGGUCACAUUUUGUCCUCAAAUGUAACUUUCCCAUUUAAACUCA